CUACUGCUGAGAUCAACAAAAAAGAAAUGAUAAAAUUUUUUCUUAUGGUAAACAAACAAGGUCAAACAAGGCUCUCUAGGUAUUAUGAGCAUGUAGAAAUUAAUAAACGGACAAUGCUGGAAGCUGAAGUAAUCAAAAACUGUCUCUCUCGUUCAAAGGAUCAGUGCUCUUUCAUCGAGUAUAAGGACUUUAAGCUGGUUUACCGACAGUAUGCAGCCCUUUUCAUAGUCGUUGGAAUCAAUGAGACAGAGAACGAGAUGGCAGUAUAUGAACUAAUUCAUAAUUUUGUGGAAGUUUUGGACAAAUACUUCAGCAGAGUGAGUGAAUUAGAUAUCAUGUUCAAUUUGGACAGAGUGCACAUCAUUCUGGAUGAAAUGGUGCUAAAUGGUUGCAUUGUGGAAACAAACAAGAACAGAAUUCUUGCCCCUCUGUUUGUGCUUGACAAAGUAGCAGAAAGCUAGGAAGACGCAAGACUGACUACAGUAUUUUACAAAACAAGAGCAUACCGACAGCAGUUUUCUGAUGUAAGAGCAACUCAUACAAUAUUCAAAUUAGUAGGAAAAUAUUUCCUGUUUCUCCUAUACCCUUCAUACCUAAUUGAAAGGUACAGCUAAACAUGAUUAGCUUCAGUUUCCAAGAACCUUCAAUUUCAGAUGCAGCUUUAGUGACCCUGGAGAAGUGUCUCUAGAACAGUCAACUUUUUUUUAAAACUGACUGAGGAUAAUGUAAUGGAAACUUACACAUGACCAUCUAGGUAUCACUUUGAAUUACAUAGCACUGUGCCGGACCUAAGAGAAGAGAAGAGAGAAAAUAUGGAAAUAUACAUUCAAACAGAGUUUCAGUGCUUCCUGUAAGAAGCAACUGGAUUUUUUUAAUUUUCAUACAAAUGUACAGUAAAUUAAAGUUCCGUAAUUUUUAUGACCACUUUUAAACUAGAUUCAUCCUUCAUCAAAAACCUAAUUCCAUGCAAGUCAUGGUUACAACAUGUAAGUAACAGACACAUAAAUGUAUUUAAUAUUCAUGUAUACUGUGCAAGUUGUAACUAGAAGUAUUUGGCACUUAAUAAAAGAUAAUUAAAAGUUUUAUCAUAUUUUAUCAUGUUGGCUUCAUAACUUACUCAAAACCUCUUCUAUUGUGGCACACCAGUGUAUUCAUGCAUUAUAAUUAAAAGGUUUACAAAAGUGAGUAAUGAGAUAUGCAAGUUUCCUAGUACCAGCUAGGUACCAAAUCAAGUCUCCCUUCUCGAGUAGGAGGAUGUAGCUACGCUAACUUGCAUUCACAGGCAUACAACAGGCUGACUCAUAUCUAUGUACUGCACUAAGUCCCUGAAGAGUUCGCGAUCUGAGCUUACUUACCUCUCUAAAAUUAUGGUAUCUGGCUCCUUCAUAACCUCCACACCAACACUAGGCAUAACGUGAUACUGACAGAGCACACCCUGCAUGAGCUCUGUGUGAAAGCACGGAACAGUCACAUCUGAAUUGUUUCUAGAACCAGGGUCUAAGGAGCAGAGAGUGAAGUGCUGUGUGGGAGAACAGUCCACAUCACUUCAAAACAACAACACAUU